AUGGAGGAGGGAGAAAUAGGAUCGGAUAUUUCGAACCUAUCAGGGGGAGAGGAAGAAAAUUCUUGUUUUAAUGAUGAUGUGAAUGCUUUUAUUGAUGUAGAGAAUAGCGAUAAGGUUGAUGAGGGACAAGAGAACUCUUUUAGCAUGGAUAAUACACAUAUUAAUGGUGUUAGAGGAGCUGGAUUUGUUGAUACAAAAGGAAGAUUUUUCCAAACAAAUAAUAAAAGAAAAGGUAAUGGAGCUGUGGAUGGGGGGUCAUUUCUGUCAAACGUUGAUGUCACUGAAAAUAAAUGUAAUCCGGUGAUGCCUUCUGCGAUUAUGGAAGAUGGUUGUGAUGUGCAGGGUGAUUCACCCUAUUUGGUAGAUAAUGUGGAGGGGGAGGGGGAAGCCGAAUCACCAUCACAACCUCCUGAUUAUAGACGAGAUCAAUCUUCUACGUCUCAUGGAUCUUCUAAGAUCCUUAAAAAGAAAGUCCUGGUAGUUGUUGAUGAUAUAAAAGAUGUGUUGAAUCAAUAUUUUGAAAUGGAUGGCCUUCUUGGGUAUGAUAUGGAGACUAAUAAGGAACGGGUUAAAAAGAUUUUAUCUAGUAUUGUUGUGGUAUAG